UCCCAUUCCAGUGACUCCAGCGUCGUUGCCGCAGUUUCAAACGUCCCCGCGGGGAGAGCGUGUAAAUACUGUGUUGCCAGGUUGGACAGGAAUCCACCUUAUAGCGGAUGGCGCUCACCGUGCAGAGCUGUGCGCGUGCUCCUGCCAUGCAGGCAGCUUGAUGCGAAGAUAAGAAAAACCGGAUCUGGUUUCCGCGAAGAGCGCAAGUAUCCGCUGGAACGGACUUUCCCAACGCGGCAGCGCGGAGGGAUAAACGAGCCACGGACACGAGCGAAGCGCGUUUGUUCCCUGCGUGUGUCCGCGGCUGGACGGGCAGCAGGCUGACACGACUAUUUGUCGCACGUCAGCUGAUCGGCGCUGCUCUUUCUGAAGGCCGAAGCCUCGGAUUUGGGAAAAUACGCACACGCGCUUCCUCCUUCCACCUUCGCAGGAUCGGCGGCUGGCCUGACAUCAUUGGCUGGCAGUUAGGAAUGAAUCAUCGCCUUCCCCGGGGGGGUUCGGGGAUGCUGUCGCUGUCAUAGCACCCAUAAAAUCCCUCGGACACGCAGACCCACCCUCUGCGCUCUGCUGUUUUAAAGCCGUCUCGUCUUUGAAAUCAGCAUGGAGGAAAUCUUGAGGAAGCUGCAGAAAGACGCGUCCGGCCACAAAUACAAAGGCAUCCGCGAUGCCUGCGUCUACGCCUGCGUAGAAAUGCUUCAGUCUCAGAAUGGAUCAGCAAAGAUUUCCCCUUCACAGCUUCGAGAGCGCUGUCUGCUGCCUCUACAGAUGGCUCUGGAGUCAAAAAACACCAAACUGGGACAGACUGCACUUACUGGCAUGCAGAAACUCCUGUGUGAGGACAGGUUUGUGGGUGGAGCUAGUGUGGAGGUGGAGGCACUGGAGAAACAGCUGCUCAGCCAGGUGUUGGAGGCUAUCAGAGUUACCCCAUCUCUCCAUGAAGACUUGCAGGUGGAAGUUAUGAAAGUCCUGCUCUGUAUCACCUACUCACCAAACUUUGACAUUAAUGGAGACUCCAUCCUCCGGAUUGCUGAGGUGUGCAUCGAGACCUACAUGUCCAGCUGUCACCAGCGCAGCAUCAACACGGCGGUGAGAGCCACGCUGAGCCAGAUAUUGGGAGACCUGACGCUACAGCUCCGCCACAGACAGGAGGGUGCAGAUGGAGACGAGGUGACUGCACCGCCGCUGCAGAGACGAGAUAUUUCUCCCACCAGCCAAGCUCUGUGUGAAGAUGUGGUCACGGUUCUGACCGUUUUCUGUGAAAAGCUGGAGUCAGUGGACAGUGAUAACCAGCUCCUGCAGCUACUCUACCUGGAGUGCAUCCUUUCUAUGCUCAGCAGCUGCCCUCCCACAAUGCACCUCUUCAGAGGUUUCACAGACCUCGUGUGGAAGCAGCUGUGCCCAUCCCUGGUGGCAAUCAUGGGCAAUCCCGUCAAUGACAAAACUAUUGCUUCCCACCACGGCUACUCAGCGGCAUCAGACCGAGACCGCCUCUCAGAGAGACUCAGUUUAGGAAUGGGCCAGGAGGUGGACUCCUCCUGCGGAGGACUGUCCGAUCAGGGCAGAGGUUCUGGCUGCUCCUCUAGCGCCCCUGCCAGGAUUGCACCGGUAGUGCGCACAGUUUGCUACAUUGCAGCAGAGCUGGUGCGUCUGGUGAGCUGCGUCGAGUCGAUGAAACCGGUGCUCCAGUCGCUCUACCACAGGAUCCUCCUCUACCCUCCUCCUCAGCACCGCACCGAGGCCAUCCGCAUCAUGAAGGAGAUUCUGGGCAGCCCCCAGCGGCUGUAUGACCUCGCCGGUCCCUGCAUGGCUGAGCCUGAGACCAGGAAGCGAUCAUUCUCAAAGAGGAAGUCCCACCUGGACCUGCUCAGACUAGUGAUGGAUGGGAUGACAGAGGCUUGUAUGAAAGGAGGCAUCGAGGCGUGUUACUCCUCCGUGUCUUGUGCCUGUGCCCUUCUCAGCGCACUGGAUGAGCUGUCACAGGGCCGUGGCAUCCAGCCUGAGCAGGCUCGGCUUCUCCUCAGACGACUGGACGAUCUGAAAGAUGGAACCGAGUCGACACGUGAGUCCAUGGAGAUCAACGAGGCUGACUUCAGGUGGCAGAGACACAUCCUGUCCUCAGAGCAGCCUCCGUGGGACCCCAGCUCUUCUUCCUCCAAUGUGGCCACCACUGGCACCACUGAGCGUAGCCCCGACAUCAGCAUCAGCAUCACCACGGAAACGGGCCAAACCACCCUGGAUUUAGAGGUGGGAGAGCUCGGCCUCGCUGUGGGCCACACCAGUCCGGAGGAGUGUGGAGAGGACGCUCGUCUCCCUUCGCCUUCUUUCUGUGGCGAUCAGGAGGAAACCAAACACGAGCCGAUCCCCGUGCCCAACCAGGGAGGCCAGAAGGAGGAAGGAGGGGUGCCCAAAGGGGAGGUGGAGGGAAGAGGAGAGAAAGAAAGAGGUGGAGGCGGAGAGAGAGGAGGUGCAGUUCCUCCAGAUGUGGUGCAAAGGAGUCACGCCCUCGUCUACCCCGACAUCACGAACUUCCUGUCUGUGGAAUCCAGGUCUCGGUCGCACCACGGAGGAGGGUCACGAUACAGCGAGAGCAACUUCAGCAUGGAGGAGCAGGACCUGUCACGGACAGAGUUUGACUCGUGCGAUCAGUACUCCAUGGCUGCCGAGAAAGACUCGGGGCGCUCUGACGUCUCCGACAUCGGGUCCGACAACGUGUCGCUGGCCGACGAGGACCAGCAGUUGUCCCGCGACUUCCCAGGUCACCGCUCCCUGCGCACUGCCGCCCUGUCCCUCAAACUGCUCCGCAACCAAGAGGCUGACCAGCAAAGCGCCAGACUGUUCGUGCAGUCUCUGGCUGGACAGCUGCCCCGCCUGCUGGGGAUGUCCACUGCCACGGAGGUGGACAUGUCGCUGCAGAACUUCUCUUCCACCUUCUGCUCUGGACUGCAGGCUGGCGGCAUUCACUCCCCAGGUUUCGAGACAGGCGACACUCUGAGCUGCCAGUCUCUGAUGAACGCAGACGGCCUUUACCUGGUGUCUUACUACGCUCUGCUGCUCAAUCUCAAACUCUGCUGCUGCGGCUACUACAAGCGGCGAACGCUCACGCCCGUCCUCAGCCUGAAGGAGUUUGUGCGUCUGAUCCAGAGCAGCGGCGUCCUCGUGGUUCUGUCUCAGGCCUGGAUCGAGGAGCUUUACCACCAGGUGUUGGAGCGCAACCUGCUGGCUGAGUCUGGGUUCUCGGGUUCUUCAGAGGACCACACACUGCCGCUUAUCACCAUGCUGACAGACAUUGACGGCUUGGGCAGCAGUGCAAUAGGAGGUCAGCUGAUCAGGAGAGCGUCGAGCCACGCGCCACUCGGCUGUGAAAAGCCGUGCAGUGACGCUGUGAUGGCAGGAGCUGUGUUCUCACGCUUCAUCCUCACCGGUGUUUGGAAAAACCUGAUCGAUGUUCUGUCCACACCGCUGACUGGUCGCAUGGCGGGCAGCUCCAAGGGCCUGGCCUUCAUCCUGGGGGCAGAGGGGGUCAAAGAGCAGAGCCAGAGGGAGAGAGACACCAUCUGCCUGAGUUUAGACGGCCUGCGUAAAGCUGCUGCGCUCAGCUGCGCCCUGGGUGUGGCUGCCAACUGUGCUUCAGCUUUAGCCCAGAUGGCUGCAGCCUCCUGUGUGCAGGAAGAGAAGGAGGAGAAGGAGGUGGGGGAGACGGGAGACGCUAUCGCGCAAGUGAAACAGCGUGUUGAGCAGCGUCUGGAGCAGAUCGGCCGUCCUCAGGGAGUUCGCCUUCACACAGCUCAUGUGUUGUGCAUGGACGCCAUCCUGAACGUUGGCCUGGAGAUGGGCAGCCACAACCAUGACUGCUGGCCUCAUGUGUUCAGGGUGACCGAGUACAUCAGCUCACUGGAGCACACCCACUUCAGUGACGGCUCUGCCCAGCCGUCCUCUCUGACCACAAUCACCCAGCAGAGCCAGCAGAUGGCUGGCAUCGACCUCGGGCUGGAGUUGAGCUGCGAACCCAGCCCCGAGGCCUCGGACCUGAGCCUGAGCCAGCCGGUCAUCCAGCCGCUUUCCAUCCAGGAGCUGCUGAAGGAGAGCGGCAGAGGGGGCCGAGGCCUGGACCUGAAGAGCGGCAGCCUGAUGACCGGCACCAGCGCCGCCAAGGCCGUGUGCACGCUGUCAACACAGGCCGACAGGUUAUUUGAAGAAGGGGCCACCAAACUAAACCUGGUUGGUCUGGUUGGUUUCCUGCAGCAGCUCAGAAAAGCUUCUCAGUCUCAGCUGUUUGACUCUCCCACCGAGACUGGAGACUAUUCACUGGCAAUGCCAGGAGAAGCCAAGUCAACGUUGGACCGGCGCAGCGCCCUCCAUCUCUUUCGUCUGGGUGAGGCCAUGCUGCGAAUCGUCCGGAAUAAGAACCGACCCCUUCUCCACAUGAUGAGGGCCUGGAGCGUGGUGGCGCCUCAUCUGGUGGAGGCUGCGUGUCACAAAGAGCGCCACGUAUCCCAGAAGGCCGUUUCCUUUAUCCACGAUGUUCUCACAGAGGUGCUGACGAGCUGGGCGGAGCUUCCACACUUCCACUUUAACGAGGCACUGUUCAGGCCUUUCGAGCACAUCAUGCAGCUGGAGCUCUGCGACGAGGACGUUCAGGACCAGGUAAUAACAUCGAUUGGAGAGCUGGUGGAGAUGUGCUCUCCUCAGAUCCUGUCAGGGUGGAGGCCUCUGUUCAGCGCCCUCAGGACAGUGCACGGUAGCAAGACUGACACCAAAGACUACCUGCUGGGAGAAUACUCCAUGGGGAAGUCUCAGGCGCCGGUGUUCGACGUCUUUGAGGCGUUCAUAAACACAGACAACAUCCAAGUUUUUGCCAACGCUGCCACAGACUACAUCAUGUGUCUCAUGAAGUUUGUCAAAGGAUUAGGAGAGGUGGACUACAAAGAGAUUGGCGACUGCGUUCACGCGUCAGGUUACAGCUCCACAGACCUCUGCCUGCCUGCUCUCGACUACCUCCGCAAAUGCUCGCAGCUGCUGGCAAAGAUUUACAAGAUGCCGUCUAAGCCGGUGUUCCUGGGUGCGCGGCUCGCCAGCCUGCCGAUGAGAUCGCAGGAACGCUCGAUCAGCAGCGAGGACGGCAUGGACUGUGUCCUCCAGGAGUUCGAUGACGACACAGGCCUGAUCCAGGUGUGGAUUUUGUUACUGGAGCAGCUCACUGCAGCCGUGUCAAACUGCCCUCGACAGCACCAGCCUCCAACGCUGGAGCUGCUCUUCACUUUGCUCAGAGAAGUCACCGCAGUGCCAGGUCCAGGGUUUGGCAUCUUCGCUGUCAUCCAGCUGCUGCUUCCUGUGAUGUCACUGUGGCUGCAGCGUAGCCACGGUGACCACUCUUAUUGGGAUGUGGCGGCAGCGAAUUUCAAACACGCAAUCGGCCUAUCCUGCGAGCUGGUGGUGGAGCACGUCAACAGUUUCAUACACUCAGAUAUUGGUUACGAGUCACUGAUCAACCAGAUGCUGAAGGACCUCUUCAAGCUGCUGGUGGCUUGCGUGUCUGAACCUGCAGAGACCAUCUCCAGAGUGGGCUGUUCCUGCAUCAGGUACGUGUUGGUCACAGUGGGUCCAGUGUUCACAGAAGAAAUGUGGAGGUUGGCCUGCUGCGCUCUGCAGGACGCGUUCUCUGCCACGUUAGAGCCGGUCAAGAACCUUCUGGCGUGUUUUCACAGCGGCUCGGACAGCUUUUCUGGAGACGCCUGCGAGGUGAAGGUGGCGGCUCCUUCUCAUUCACCGUCAGCCGAGGCCGAGUACUGGAGGAUCAAAGCUAUGGCCCAGCAGGUCUUUAUGUUGGACACUCAGUGCUCCCCUAAGACACCCAACAACAAGGAAGGCUUUGAGCACGCUCAGUCCUGCGUCCUCAUCAUCGAGCUGCCGUCUGACCAGCAGUCCAAUGGACACGCUCAGAAGAGGAAAAUUGGGAUCCCAUUCAGGACCAUCGUGGUGAGCCUGCUGUCCCACCAGGUUCUGCUCCAAAACCUCUCUGACAUCCUGCUGGAAGAGUUUGUAAAGCAGCCUGAAGGUCACGAAAGGGUCACACCUGUGACCUCUGACCCCAGUAAACCCACGGCAGGCUUCCUGCGCUACAUCUCUAUGACGAAUUUAGCCAUAAUUCUGGAUCUGCUGCUGGACUCGUACAGGACGGCGCGGGACUUUGACACUCGGCCGGGUCUGAAGUACCUGCUGAUGAAGGUGUCGGGUGUUUGUGGAGCAGCCAAUCUUUACCGCCAGUCAGCCAUGAGCUUCAGCCUGUACUUCCAGGCCCUGCUGUGUGCCAUACUGAGCCAGGCAGACAGCAUGACUGCACAGCAGGUAAAGAGGAUCCUGUACGAGGAAGAGGAGGGGAGCUCAGACUCCUCUCAUCCUGGUUCCGCCUCCUCGGAGGAUGAAGACAUAUUUGAAGAAACCGCACAGGUCAGCCCCCCUCGCGGCCGGGAUAAGCGUCACCCGUGGCGAGCUCCAGUCCCUUCACUCAGCGUGCAGCCGGUGGGCAGCGCCGACUGGGCUUGGCUGGUCAAGCGGCUCUACAAGCUGUGCGUGGAUCUGUGCAACAGCUACAUUCAGAUGCACCGCGACCUGGAGAGCAUGCUGGAGGAGACUGCUCUGCUGAGGGGAAGUGCAGGAGGAGACCAUGUGUUCUUCCUGCCUCUCUUCCAGUCCGAGACUUCGACCCCGACCUCAGCAGGCGGGCUUUCAGCGAGGGAGACGCCCUCAGAGGAAGGCGGGUACAGGUGUCAGACGACAGACGUGAGCUCAGCGUCACCGGGGGACACACCGACGCCAAGUCCAGGAUUCAGCUGCACAGGCAGUCUGUCCAGUCAGUUCCGGACUGGAUGCGAACGGAGGGACUCCAACAUAACAAGCAGCUCGGUUGGAGGGAUUCCUGGCAGCGCUGGCCCGGGAAGGAGAAAGGAAUGGUGGGAAAGUGCUGGAAACAAGCUAUACACCAUUGCCACGGACAGAACGAUCAGCAAGCUGAUGAUGGAGUAUAAACGCAGGAAACAUCAGCAGCAGCAGCCGCAGCAAAGCCACGUCAACCUGUUCAUGAAAGAGCAGGGCCGGGCGGCGGCAGGAGGAGGCGGCAUCGGGGAGAGGAGGGGCCCAGUAGAGCCGCAGAGGCCCCCGCAGAGGCCUCAGCAGCUGGUGGACCAGCAGGGGCCCUCUCUGAGGCACUCGGUUAGUGCGGGGCCGGAGGUGCUGAGGCAGGAGAAAAGGCCGCGGUCGGGGUCCACCAUCAGCUCCCACAGCAUCUCGCUGAGAGACUCUGAGGCUCAGAUACAGGCCUGGACCAACAUGGUCCUGACCCUCCUGAACCAGGUCCUCCUACUGUCUGACUCCUCAUUCCUGGCGCUCCAGCCGGCACUCUACCCCUGCCUCAGCCAGCUCUCCUGCCACGUGACCGACGCCCGCGUUCGCCAGGCCCUGCGCGAAUGGCUGGGCCGGGUCGGCAGACUCUAUGACAUCAUUCUGUGAUGUCGCAGCGAUGAAAUGCAAAAGCAGCGGCCGGAGGCUGCAAAGUGUCGGUCAGUGAGGGACAUAAACAGAUGAAAUCAGAAAUGCUGCCGUAGAUUUUAGGAGCUGAUCGAUGGUCCUCGCCAACAUUUUGUUGUCAGGCAGUCAUUAAGUGACAUCAGUAUGAAGGAUUUGUUUCCUGAUGAAGGAUACGGUAUGAGGAAUAAAAAUGUAACAGGCUUCUCUAUAUUAUUUGAAAUGUUUCUCAGUAAAUGUGCCGUCUGUGCUCUUGUUACUCGGUUGAACUGUUUCCUGAACCCUGAACAGUGCAAAGAAACAAACACGGAGCUCUUAAAUGUCAUCUAUGAGUUCUCAGUUUUUGAAGACUGAUUGGCCGAAUCCUAAUUUUGGUCCAGCAUUGUCAUAAAGUCUCAACACGACAAUCACAGAGGCUUUUGAUAAUAUUUCCUCACCCUCGUGCUUCAUUCGUGUCAGUGACUUCCAGGGGUUUUUGACACCCAUGAAGAAGCAGCCAUGUUUACAUUCUUUGCAUUGUUGCAUCUCUUCAUACGCUCGUCUCUAUAACCUCUGUCAUACUCUGUCACCACAUACACGUUGUAUUGCUCCGUAGCGCCACAGGUGGUCCAAACAGCUCUCCCCGGUGCCUGUUUGGAUGCUUUAAUCCUUUUUACAACCUGCUGCAAAUUUACUUCCAGCUCAUUUUUUACUCCCUUUUCCACAAACCCACAUUGUAUCCAGAUGAGAUUAGAUGAUGAGAGAACUGCCUGCUGGCUCUUUGGGAGGGGGCGUGUAGGGAGCUAGAAGACAAAUGGUAGCGAUGUAUUCAGUGACGCCUGCGCUGUUGCUGCAGCAACUCUUACAGAUGGUCUGGUGAUGUCUGGGCACACAAAUCCCAUCUGAUCACUUGCAAAUAACAGCGCAGUCCUAAAGGUCCUAUUUGAGAAACAAAUCUGAUUUGCCUGCUGUCUGAAUAAAGCCCAUGUCUCAGCUCAGCAGGUUUCUGAAAAUCUCCACAGUGCUGAAGACGGGACCAUAAACAAGCCAGUGAAAUCCUGGAGAUCACAAAGGUUCAGCUUAGAACUUUAUUUUUAUCCUGUUUUCCUUCUCAGAGUUCAGAGCGAGUGCUCAUUGAUCCUGAUCACAUGUGGCUCAGAGGUCUGUUUAAGCCUUCUGACAUGAGUAUUAAUUAUUUUAAUCAAAGACGGCGCUCGGUGUGUGUUUUGAUGUUUCAUGCCAGCCGCAUGUUCUUUUUCAUAUCAUCUAUUUAUGCAACUAUUUAUUUGAAAUAUUUACUGUGUUGAUAAUAUUUUUUUGCAUAUAUGUGCUUGGAGCCUAUUGGCUGUGACUGAAGGGGAAACCCUGAGUCUGACCCCACUGUCAGUGUUUCACCCCCCACCCCACAGGGGAAACCUGUAUCCUUAAGCUUUUCCAACAGUGUUGCUAAUAGAGAGCAGGGGUUGGUGACAAAGCUGCUUAAUGAGAGCAUCGUGUUUAACAUCAUCAGUAACUCAUUUUUAAGUGACCAAAGAAUUUCAAUCGCCAAACGGAGGAUUCACAAUGUCUUUUGUAUGGCGGUGCCUUCACCAUGUAACGUGUCUCAGUGUGGUUAUAUAUGUGCGCCGAUAACUUUCAGGUUAAAGUGAAUGUUUUUGUCCUGCAUCUAAAACGAUACAAGAAAAGUUCAAUAAUAAUCAACACCUGUCCUUUCAGCUCCUUACUGUCUAUGAUAUUUAAAUAACAGUCUUAUCAUUAUUACCCUCUUAUCAUCAGUCAUUUCAAAGAAUAAUGCCACAUCUCUCACCUGGAAACCAACAGAUGGAUGAAAGUUUUGCCAUCAGGUGCGUUUAGAUCACGGAGAAAGAAACGUACUCCGAGCACGGAGUCAGCAAACUGAAUGAACGUGCAUUAUCUCACUUUCACUAGUCCAGUUUGCCUCGAUGAGCUGUAACUCUGCUGACCUCCAUUCAUGUGCAUUUCAGGACAGAUUAUGAAUGAAUGAAUGAAUGAAGAGAGUGCUGAACUGACGCUAACUUCAGCGGCUCGGCCCGUAUCGAGGACAGGCGGGUGGGGCGGGGAGGGCGGCAGCAUCUGAUGCUCCUAAGAAGAUUUACUCUCCUUUUUUCACCCACUUUGACUACAGCGGAGACUCUUUCAGUGUUAUUUGCUCUCUCUUCACUUGCUUCCUCACUUUGUCGGUCGCCUCAUUCUCUCCUUUGUGCCAGCUGUCACCUCCUCCCUGGCAGCAAUGCUUCCACUGGAUGUUCCAAAAAAGCAAGCAGUCAGUGCCAAGCUGGGUCCUAAUUUGAUGCUUUAAAGUCAUCAGCUUUUCCUGCUUUAGAAGCCGGAAAAUCUUAAAUCAACAACAGAGUUUUAAAGCUCACUGUCUUUAUUUAAUACAGGCUGGAACCAGUCACUGAGAUCUUAAACGACUGCUGUUUCUGUUGCUUUGCUUUAACAUGUGUUUAAUAUUUAUGUCAUGUGGCUUCAUUAGCUUUUGUUGCCACAGACGAGGCGUCGAGGAACCGGACAACUCUAAAACCAAAGUGAUGCCAAAGAAUUCUUGUUGAAGAACUCAUUUUACAUUUUAUUGAGACGUGAAUUUCUUAACUCCAGGGAGAGAAAAGGGAACAGCUGCUGGGUGUGGUUGUAUACGUUUUGUCCCUCUUAUGGGACAGCCUGUUAGGCUAGUGAUACUGUAGGAGCCACAACCACACGGGCACGCAUACUCUCAACUUUCUAUUCUUACCCCCAGCUACAGGAACUAUAACCCGUCAUCCCCUGUGAAGGAGAUGUUUGUGCCUGUCAGUCGGCCUCUGCUACAGUGAACUCAUCUCUUUAACGUAGGUGAAGCUCAAAGACUAUAAUCCACCCCAGCACGUGGUGCUGCAUUAUUGUGGACAACUAAUGCUACAACCAGACAGACUCUUCCUAUUGGAAUCCUUUUUACCUUAGACUAAAGUUAUACUCUAACAAACAGCCGAGUCCCAAACAGUUGAUUAUGUUCUUUUGGACAUAGUGCUGCUAGUUUCAGUCAUUAUGCAAAUAUAAGAUUAAGGAAACCUGCAGUCAGCUGAGACUGAAGAAGUCACCUGGAUGAGACGAAAUGUCUCUCCCACCAAAAGACGUCCAGAUGAACAGAAUCAGCUUUUUGGGAUUUACUCACCUGGAUGAUUGAGCGUGCAUCAAGACAACCCCCUGGGUGCUUCAUGGUUGAUUUUUGCCACCCUAUCACACACACACAAAACCUCCGCAGAUGAAAAAUGAAGCCAAUGCUGCAGUUCUUCUUCUUCUGAGUCCUUGCAGACUGUGAUUAAAUGGCCCACUUACAGCAGAUGUUUAAAGCCUGCCACAAAAGACUGUCUUGGUCUCUUGUUUGGUUCCCUCCCCGAGAGCUGCUCUGCAUGGGGCGAAGACUUAAACGUUAUUUGGGGAUAAUUAAGGACUCGACCGCUUUGAUGCUGGUUUCACUUCCAGUAAUUGGGAGUCACUGAGCCAGACCUCUCGCCUGUGCUGUUGGUGUCUUUCAAAGAAUUUCCAGUGGAAAAAAAAAAGGAUUUAGCUGUACAGCUUUUAAUCUUAAAAGUCCUGCCAAGAGUCUCCUCCAGUUAAAAAUCUCCCAUCCUCCUUGCCUGUGAGGUGCAGAGUCCACUACAGGUGCACCUUGUUAAUCAAGCACACUAGUGUAUGCACUUCUGCGCUUCUGGCUCCACCUGCACAGAGACUGCUACGAUGCUUGGUUUGAGGCUUCAGAAUGUGAGUUUGCACGUUUUAAAUGAGGUGGCUAAGUCAAAUUUUUUUACACGUAUUGUUGAUGUGAUUGUGUAUUUCUGGACCUCAGCUCAUCCAUGAGAAACAAGAAAACAUUAAACAAAAUUCAGUUUUAUUCUUUGUCUUUAACCCGAGCCCUGCAUCAUGAUGCAGAAUAUCGACAGCAUCGGUUGGAAGGUCGUGCUCUAAUUCCGGCCUCCUUCUUGUGGGGCUGCUACGUUGCAGCAUUAGCAUGUCUCGCCACUCUGUUGUGUCUCAGCUGACUUUGCUGUCCCUCAGCCCCUCCCGGUGUCCCUGACCCGUCCCCAUUUGUCCCUGUUGUUCGAGGGCGAGCAGCAACUGGACAGAUGUUGUGGGCCAUCAGUGUGAUCAGCAAUAGUGAAGGGAAAGGAUUUAGUGGGUGUUAAAGCUGUGACAGUGUUUCCAUCAGCUGAUGUGUCAGCGUCAUGCAACGACACCGCACCAGCAGUUUGUGCUGAUGGCGCCCGUGCUCCUCUAGGUGUUUGCUCUGAUUGGUUCUCUGCUUUCACUUUGCCCACGACAUUAUUUGUAACGCCGAGUCCAGAGAUUAAUCUUUUGUCUGCGUUUUUUACUUUUACAGCCAACGUACAUUUGAAAUGUUGAGCUGAGAUUAAGAGGGCUUGAACCACAGUCGCUGUGGCUGCUGCUCAGUGCAGCUCAUCGCCACAACAAACUUUAUCUGCACUCUAAGCAGAUUUGAUGCUCUUGGGUAAACUCGCUGCUGACAAGAAGCUGCAAAUCUGUCUACGUGUUCCACGAGUCUUUGUUUGAUUCUAAGCUCUUAUUGCUUUCUGAUUCAAGAUACCGACAAGCUCCUUCUUCUCUCCAAUUCCUGGGAAUUUGUAAUAUCGUUUCUACUAUUGAUUUACAGUAAAAUCAACACAUUGGUGACUUUAUUGAGGGAUUACUGAUGGAAGAGGCAGUGCCUUACUGCAUUCACUUUCCAGAGAUCAGAUUGAGACAAAAAAAAAAGAGAAAACAUUGUUUGGAGAACUCAGUAUACGUCUGAGUGAUUUGGCUGACAGUUUAAAGACCGACUCCCUUGUUGGUCUCAGAAAUGUACACAUAUCUAAGGCUUGAGCUUUCAGGGCAUCUGGGUGAUUGACUGAGAGCGUAGGAGUAAAAGCAGCUUUGAUUAUUCUGUCAUUUUGUCUGACACGGAUGGACAAAGUUUCUACGCAACCCAGACAUCUGACACAGUUUCCACAGUGAAAGGUCAUAUGACAGAGGAAGUCAUGAGAACAUACAGAAACAGAAAAAUAUAAAAGAAUAAUCAAAUAAAAGUUCUUAGACGUGUGCUUUGCAGAAAUAUUGUGUCGGUAAAUGUUUGAAUUUGAUUAGUUUUUAAUUUUUGAUGGACAAUCGUGGGAAAAGAUUUGGGUUAUGUGUUGCAUUUUUUUUAAAAAAAAUGCAAAGUCAGGCUUUAUCAGGUUUUUGGGGCCGAGAUGAUGGUAAAGUAAAGAAGACAGCAUAAAUUUGUCUUUAAGUCCCGGCCAUUAGAGCAGAAAUGAGAUUUGUUAUUUUCCUCUGCGUUUGUUUUUAUUUGGUUUCAUUGCUCUGUCCUGGGACCUCCUCACUCUUCUGUGUGCAUAGACAGAAAGCCAGAGUGUCUGUAACAUCAGACUUGAUCAAUCAGGAGGAGCUGGGGUAGAGUGGGUUCCAAAGCAGCUUGCAGAUAUGCAGCAGAUGUGGGUGCAGAUAACACAUUCAACUGACAAAUCUGACACGGUGUGCUAUUUAUGCUGUUUGAGGAGUAAUCAGGAGAUGAUCAGAAGGAAGAAAAACAUAAUUACUGCUCACAAAGACGAAGCCACUAAUAUGGUUUCUGGUGCUUCAUUUAACCAGUCAUUGGCCGUUGAAGUGUGCAGUCUUGCCACUGUGAUAUUUCCUGUGAAAAUGUUUGCAGUUUCUUCUACACUGAUGGAAAAGAGGUUAAACUGAACCAGAUGUUGGCAUCAACAAACUUGAAGCUGUCAGAAAAAGUGGAUCUACUGUGUAAACUUGUGUUGAUCUUAUCAUUUGAAUCUGACAUUAACCAAAUGGUUGGUGUUUGAUUUCAUAUCAUGUGUUCCAGAGACCAGGUGGUCUACAUAUAUUUUCUUUCUCUCAUUGAAGAUCAGUUAUGGCUACUGUCUAUAAAUGCUUACAAAGUAAACAAUCACCACCACAGAAAAUGGUAAAAGGCUUUGUUUGACUGAUGGUACAAAUAUAAAACACAACCUUGGGUGUCCCUGCAGGUGAAGGUGCAGAGUCUUUACGAUGCGACUUCAGGCUCUCUGCUCAUUCACUCAGGUUGUUUUGUCCGUUUGCUUCCUUCACUGACCUCAGAUGCUCUGCUGCCCGACCUGUGAGCGCCGGCUCUGCUAAUGUCGUGACUGUGAUUUCUAAAAGUGCAUUUUUUUCUGCUUUUGAUAUUAAAGAACAGCAGCUGUAAGAUUUUCUCCUGGUGUUUCUAACCUGCUCUGGCUUCUCUCUUCUGUCCCGAGCGCAGCUGUGUAAGUGCUGUAAGUUGUAAAGUGCUUUCUCUGCAGGCUUGUCUGCUCCGUGUUGCAAAUUAAAA